AUGCCGGGCUCGCGGCAGCUCGUCCUCACGGUCGACCAAUCCGGCAGAGGAGACCACCGGAGGAUCCAGGACGCGAUCGAUGCCGCCCCGGCGAACGACGACUCCGCCGGCAGCGUCGUCAUCCGGAUCAAGCCCGGAGUGUACAGAGAGAAGGUCGUGGUGGACAAGCCCUGCAUAACUCUCGUCGGCACGAGCGCCAGCUCCACCGUCAUCACCUGGAACGAGUCCUGGGUCGCCGCCGAGAGCCCCACCGUGUCCGUGCUGGCCUCCGACUUCAUUGCGAAGCGCUUAACGUUUCAGAACACAUUCGGGACUAGCGGGCCGGCCGUCGCCAUGAGGGUCGCCGGGGACAGGGCCGCGUUCUACGGUUGCAGAUUCGUGUCGUUCCAGGACACACUACUGGACGAUACGGGGCGCCAUUACUAUCGGGGCUGCUACAUCGAAGGGGGCACCGAUUUCGUAUUCGGAAACGGCAAAGCUUUGUUCGAUAAGUGCCACCUCCGUUCCACCUCACUUGUCGGCGGUGCAUUCACGGCACACAAGCGAUCGUCGGAGUUGGAAGACACUGGAUUCAGUUUCGUCGGGUGCAAGCUGACCGGCCUCGGGGUGGGCACGUCCAUCCUGGGGCGACCGUGGGGUCCCUACUCCCGGGUCGUGGUUGCGCUCAGCUACAUGUCCAGCACGGUGAGGCCUGAGGGAUGGGAUGACUGGAGCGACCCCGCCAAACAGAGGACAGCGUUCUACGGGCAGUACCAGUGCUACGGUGAAGGGUCCAAAACUGACGGAAGAGUUGCGUGGUCUCACGACCUGUCCCAGGCCGAAGCUGCACCCUUCAUCACCAAAGUUUGGGUUGGCGGACAAGAGUGGCUUCGGUAGAAAACACUGCAUAACCAUAAGUACCAACUAAUGCCAUUCCAUUUAUAGCUUUUAUUAUUAUAGUACUAGUGUGCUGUGUGGAUGAUUAACUGUGUGAUUCAGCUAAUCAAAAACAUAUAUGUGUGAUUCAGUUCUCUUAUUAGGGCACCAGUUUAUGCUUUGCAUCA